AUGGAGGCGCAAGACAUCAGCUGCCAGCCCAAGAAGUAUACCUGUAGUCACGAAAAAUGCGGAUAUCAAACCAAUAAACUGUUCAACUUCCAACGACACCGCAAAAUCCACGAAAAGAAGGCUCAACUCAGGGAAAUGGCCGCGCAGGCCGCCGCACAGGGCCAUCUCCGAGACGGGAGCCCGUCGGCCAAGAUCCAGAGGCUAGAUGUAAGGGAUAUUCAGGAACAUCAAGAUUUUAUUGAGCCUGGAAAACGGGCUUUAGGCAAUUCAUUAACUUUAGUCAUCAUUUUUGGGGACUUUUUUGAAUUUUGCGUUAUAUCAGUGCUGCUAUUCAAUUUCUCCAAAAAAUUGGCUUAUUUUGGCCUAAAAAUAAUUUCUAAAAAUUCUAUACGAAUUCGGACGGAUAUAGCCGAGAUUAUUUACGAUUUCCCUUUCAGACAUUCCACAUUGAGUGCUCACAAGCCGGAUGUCCCUUUUCCUGCGAACACAUGGAGGAUUUCAUCGAUCAUGUGCAAUCCUCGCACGAGAAAGACCUGAAAUUCAUUGUGCGGGAGUUUGCGGACAAGCCCUCGCUCGAAUCCUUCAUGAAAUCGCUGCAGGACCGCACUUCCUGUCAGCUCAUGCUGUCGCGAACCUUUGACAACGAAGUUGGCGAGUCGUUUGAGCUCUGUUGCGCCCACUCCGGCCAGUAUCGUCGUUCCAUGAACGGCGGAGUUGAACGAUCCGCGAAUCGAGGAGGGAUCUACUGUACCUUUUACUUGAAUGUGACAGUUAUUGACGGGAUCAUCAAAGUCCGCGGGUGCGAAUCGCAUUUCGGGCAUCGCGUCGACUUCAACGAUUUGAGUGUCUACAACAACAACAACAAUUUGCCGAGUGUUGCAACCCAACUAACGCCCACCACGACCUCAACUCCAACCCCUCCAACGCCGACAAUGCCGAUGCAAUUGAAGCCGUCGACGCCAAUGUCGUUGCAAAUGGACAGAUCCGUCAAGACGGACGAAUCGUCGAGUAUAUCGCCGGACAGCUCGAGAAGUAGUCGAAGUCAUAACAUCAGUCCGAUACGUGAUGAUCUGAUCAAAGGCGAUGUCAAAGAUGAGUGCCUUCAGGAUCCGGUCGUGAAACGGGAUUUCAACAGCGAGCUGAGGAGGGUGGCUUUGGUAGGUUCAAAGAUUUGAUGACUUAAAAAUUUGGUCUCAGCAAUUUAUUCAGCCUCUCUGUCUUGCGUUUGCUCAUAAAGCAGCCUCUGACGGCUUCUUUUUGUUUCAAAAUUUAGGAUAGAGCCUUUGCACGUAAAGCUUCAAAUCCAGCUUUUUGUAGUUUCCUAGCCUCUUUAUCAACAGUUUUUAUACCCUCAUAGAAACUGAAAUCCCACUUUAAACCCUGCAACUCCGCUUCCUAGUACCAAUCUUUGCAAACGUUUGUGACGCAGAGAAUACCUCACCGCAGCAAAACCCGUUGUCUUACAGCAAGUUUCGGCCUGUAGGCUACCGUAUGCCUAAGCCGGGUGGGGAGAGAUUAGUCGGAUGAGCCGACUGCAAAGAAGCCGCACCAAAAAUGAGGCGAGAAGCGACGAAAAGGAACGACGAAAUGGGACUGUACUUUAAUGGGGAGGAGGGGUUUUUCCGCACGAGUAGGUGUAAUGACUUUGGGGGCAGGUGGCCAUUGGGAAGCCAAAGAUUAGUCAGAUUUCGCUGAAUUUCCGCCGUGACGCCGCAGGCGAGCCCACGUCCCAACUAAUUCGAUUCGAAUGCCCAGACAAUAAAAACGGUUAUUGCGAAGGGAGGAGCGGGCAAUCGGACGAUCAUUACAAAAAGUUGCUGCACCGCUAGUUACUGCUUAUUCUUACCGUAUAUAGAUUAUUGCGGGCUCGACUGAAGAUAUUAACUUGGUAUACCAAAGCUAAAGUGCUUGGAAGCUUUCUAAAUUCUAAUUAAGCAGUCUCUGCUACCAUGAAGCUGCCUGAAGCAUUCUAAAUCUAUCCCAGGCCAUAUAAAAGCCUAUAUAUUAUAUUGGAGACUCUCUAAAUUUUUCUCUAACAAAUAUUCCUUAUAUCUCCUCCUAAUGCGGUUGUUGCAGGACCUCCAAACCGAAGCCGAGCUUUUCAUGGAGUCGGAAGGCCAAUUAGCUGAGCAAGAGUUUAAUCAAAUUGAGAAGGCCUCCGCUGCAAUCAUCGAAAUCCUCCGUCGCGCUCGGUCACGACCCCAACCCACAGUGCCCUUGAACAACAACCCAGUUGGCGGAUUUGCGACCGCCUCCACGCCUCAAAUCAACGCCGCAAUCUUGCAGAAUCACCAACAAAUCCAGCAGCUCCAACAAUUGCUACGGGAAUCCGGUAGAUCCAAUAUCUCAACCUCUGCGAUGCCUUUGUUGAACCAGCAACCCCUCGUCAACACGAUACCUCAGCUGAAUCUCCUGUUAACCGCCGCCGCCGCCCAACAACGGCCCGCCUUUGGCCAACAACUGUUGGGGCAGAACAAUAUUGCCGCCAACGUUCUGACGUCGCUUGCGAACUCGAUUCAACAGCAGCAGAGUCAAGCCGGACUGUUGGCCGUAAGCCAGAGUCAGCAGACCGCGGUAGUGCCGCCACAGCCGCAGCUGGCCGGGAAUGGUCUGGGCCUAUUGCAGGGGCAGAAUCAACGAUUCGAAGAGUUGGUGAGGAAAGCGAUCAUUGAGUUGGAUAGUCAGCGACGCUCGACUUGUGCACAAUGCCAUCGAAAAGACCCGUUGGUUCAGAACGGGACCGAACGAACGGCUUGGCUGGAAUGUCAGCGAUGCAACCUCAAGUACCAUGGCCAAUGUGUGAGCGGUGCGCAGUGCGUGAAAUGCAAAAACAGCAUGGUCUGA